AUUUUGAUUGUUUUUGAAGUCAAAACGCCAAAGUCUUUCUCCUUUGUAGGUAGUACCUAAUUUUUUGUGUACUCCCUACGCGGUUUCGAUCGGACUCGACUUCUGGGUUACGUUAAUUAGGUUGGACGCACUCGAAACUUUCAUUUUUGGCUGUCAUUUUUAACUCCAUCCCGAGCUUUUUCUGUGUCUGGGUGUUUUUCGGUUGACGAGGUUGUCUGUCUCUCAUUUCUCAACUCGGUUUUAGCUGAGUCGACUCGCUGGUUGGUUCAGGGAAUUGUUCUUGUUCUUGGUUCAGUUUGAUGUUUAUUGAUAUUAGAUUGGUGAAACAAAUCUGGGUCUGCUUUUUGAUGCUGAGGAAAUGAAAGGGUACUUGAGAUUGGUUGUGCUGUUUUUGGUUUUUCAGAAUUUGGGCUUUUGUUGGUCUCUCAAGGAUGAAGGACUGGGCAUGCUGAGAUCCAAGGAGAAAGUGGGUAAUGAUCCAUUUGAGGCUUUCAUGGCUCUGAUAACGACGAAAUUCAAGAGCAUAGCUCCUAGAAAAUUGAAGGAAAAAGUACCUCGUGGCCGGAGGGAAUUUCGUAUUCCAGAUGCACUAGCACGGGCACCAGCACCGGCACCAGAACUUUCGCCUUCUCCAUCUCCAUCACCGAGCUCAUUUAGGCCAUUUGCUGUACCUCCACCGCCUUCUGUUGUGCCAAAGAUUGCCCCUCCCGAGCCUCCUCCUCCCGUUUCCUCUGUUGCCCCGGGUUCAGUUCCUCCUUCUACUGCCACUCCUCGAAAUGAGAGAAAGAAGCAUAGCAAAAUCUUGAUAUUGGCUGCAGUGGUCGGGGGUUCUGUUUUGCUUGUAGUUUCCGCUAUUGGAAUAGUGUUCUGUCAACGGAAUAAGAUGGCUGUUGUCAAGCCUUGGGCUACGGGAAUAAGCGGGCAGCUGCAGAAAGCUUUUGUUACUGGUCUGCCAAAGCUUAGGAGAUCAGAACUCGAGACAGCGUGUGAAGAUUUCAGCAACGUGAUUGGCUCCUCAUCGGUUUACACAUUAUACAAGGGCACGUUGUCGAGUGGAGUUGAAAUAGCCGUGCUAUCGCUUACCAUGGAAUCUGCUAAGGAUUGGUCUAGAGAUCAAGAAGCACAGUUCAGACAUAAGAUUGAAACACUAUCGAAAGUAAACCACAAGAACUUUGUGAAUCUCAUUGGAUAUUGCGAGGAAGACGAACCUUUCACGAGAAUGAUGGUUUUUGAGUAUGCUCCAAAUGGGAACCUUUUUGAACAUUUGCACAUUAGGGAGGCCGAACACUUGGAUUGGGCAAUGCGAAUGAGGAUCAUGAUGGGCAUGGCGUAUUGUCUCGAGCACCUUCACAACUUGACGCCCCCGCUCUUCCUCAGAAACAUGAAUUCCUCGAGUGUACACCUCUCGAACGACUACGCGGCCAAGAUGUCCGACUUUGUGUUCUGGAGUGAGUCGGCCGCGGGCGAGAUGCAUUCGAAUGCAGCGAGUAACGUGUACAGCUUCGGCGUCAUUCUGUUCGAGAUGAUGACGGGUCGGCUACCUUACUCCGACAGCACCAGCUCUCUCGAAGACUGGGCGUCGCACUACCUUAGAGGAGGGCAAUCUAUGCGCGAAAUGGCGGACCCCACUUUAGAUUCUUUCCAAGAGGAUCAGAUCAAUAGAAUUGGGGAAGUAAUUAGGUUAUGUGUUCAUCCUCAGCCAAGACAAAGGCCAGCCAUGAGAGAAGUUAGUGCUAGGUUGAGAGAAAUAACUGAGAUAGGACCUGAUGGAGCAAUCCCUAAAGUUUCUCCUCUUUGGUGGGCAGAGCUAGAGAUUAUAUCUAGUGAGACAUCUUAGGGGAUAACUUUUAGGCGAUGUCUAGUUUAUGGGAGGUCAGAUUCCUUCCGAAAUGUAAUAUGAGAUUAAGAAAAUGUAAGAUUUUUUUUUUUUUUGUAUGUUUGAUUAAUUUUUUUGUU